CAAUAAAGAAACAAAGAAUGAGCUCGCGUAUGAUAUGUUUGUGUUUCUUGAGUGUUUUAUUGAAUGUAAAAAAAAAAGAUUAUAUUGAAUGUAAACGUCUUGUGUUAAGAUGUUGAUGAUGAGAGAUGAGAUGGAUGUGAUGUGCUGUAAAUCAGUAGGAACUGAUCUGUCUAUGCUGGAUAUUGAGGAUUUCAUCACAGAAAUCUCUCAGCUGAAGAAAGAGGUGGCGUUACUGGAAACAAAGCUGAGGUUAAGAGGAGAUGAAGGACUGAAGAGAGAGGAUGUGGUUUGUUGUGAAUCUUCAGUGUAUUUGACUGAUGGACGUCUGGAUUCAGUGUGGAUGAGCAGAGAUCAGAGCCGCACACCACAGACACUGCUGGACUCUAAACUCUCUGAAGAGAAAUCCAGACACACACAGAACUCAGAGCUCAGUCUCACUUUACUCGGUUAUACUGAGUCAAAGCCCACAAACACUCAGUACACUACAGUGUGUGACAGUAAACAGAGCUUACAGGAGGAUCAAACCUCCACAGAGUCUCUAGAUUCUGUCUGUAAUGCUGGAGAACAUCAACAGAUCCUGCAGACCACAAUGAAGAUGUGUUCAGUUAAACUGGAGGACUGUGGGAACCUGAUGGUGGAGAUAAAAACAGAACCCACAGCAGAUGAAUAUGAAGACGAUCAUAAUGAUGGUCAUGAGUUUAUUCUCUCAGACGUGAAGAGUGAAUCAUGUUGUGAUGGAGAAAUAAAGUCCUCAACAUCAGAAGAGCGACUGACAGCACAAACUCAAAAGAAGAAACUUCAUUCAGAAGAGCAAAGAGAGACGAAGUCGUCGUCGUUUAACUGUGAACAAUGUGGGAAGGGUUUUGAUUUCUUAUUUCAGCUGAAAAGCCACAUGAGGACACACAGUGAUGAAAAACAUUUCUACUGCAAUGAUUGUGGCAAUUACUACAGCAGCAAAAAAAGUCUUAGUUUGCAUAAGAGAAUUCACAAAGAAGAGAAACUGUAUGAGUGUCCUCACUGUGACAAGACAUUCAACUACCAAUCCAAUAUGAAGAAACAUGUGCGUUUACACACCAAUGAGAAACCGUAUCAGUGCAGUCAAUGUGGAAAAACCUUCACACAGUCAUGCACUUUAAAGCGACAUGAAAAAACACACUGUCAAGAGAAACUCUAUCCAUGUUCAUACUGUGAUAAAUGUUUCAGUGAUAAAUCUCAUCUGAUAAACCAUGAGAGAGUUCACACAGGAGAGAAGCCUUACGUCUGUAGUGUUUGUGGGAAGAGUUUUAAUCAGCAAAAAAAUUUAGUGAGACACCAGAGAACUCAUACAGGUAAAAAACCUUACAAAUGCUCUCAGUGUGACAAGACGUUUACUCAGUCAGGUUACUUAACAAUCCACGAGAGGAUUCAUUCUGGAGAGAAACCUCAUCACUGCAGUGUUUGUGGGAAGAGUUUUAAUCGGCGUGAACAUUUAUUGAAACACCAGAAAACUCAUACAGGUGAAAAACUUUAGAAAUGCUCUCAGUGUGUGAAGAUGUUUCCUUACCCUUCCGAUCUUUUUAGUCCUGCUGGUAAAGUUGAUCCAUCAGCUUGGUUUUCUGGGUCUCCAUAAAGCUGUACUGGAUUAAAGUUGUUUAAUUUUGUAGUAUUCUUACAGUUGUCUUUUUUGUUUUGUUCUUUGUAUUAACCCUAAUAAGACCCUUGUGGUCAAUUCUACCCCAAGCCACUUUUCUUUAGUUUAAAAACAUUGAUUUCCUUCAUCUCAGUGGAAUAAGAUUUUGUGACUUUACCAGAUAAUUUGUCAAGAAUCAAAAAACUGGGCUUGAUUCGGUCGUUCUAAAGAGGCGUAAAAAAAUCACUUAAUUAGUUCCUUUGGGGGUAAAAAUGACCCCAAUUGAAAUGAAUGAAAAAUUAUUUUUAUUUGUCAAAAAAAAUCAUCCGGAAUAAAUCAUAAAAUUUCAGCACAGAGGCCUGGUACUAGAGCACAAAUGUUGCAUAGAAAAUACAUGCUCAAUCACACACACAAACAGAAACACACAAACACACAAAGGUAUGACUGCCACAGAGAGCAUUUCUAAUAGAAUUUGGCAAAAAACAGCCACAGAUGCAAAACAAAGAUAUAAAAUACACAGGUGUGCGCACACACAUGUACGCACAUACACACACAAACACAGACUCACACACAAAGACACAGUAAAAC